AUGAAGAUGGCCGUGGAUGACCCUACGUAUGGCACCCCAAAGAUUAAAAGAACUGCUUCUAGCAGUAGUAGUAUUGAAACGACAGUAACAAAGUUGCUGAUGUCCACCAAGCACCUCCUCCAGGUCUUAACACAAUGGUCUAAGGGGACAACCUCUGGAAGAUUAGUAUCUGAUGCAUACGUUCAGUUGGGCAAUGACUUCAAAGUCGUAUCGAAAUUCUUCAUGCAUGCGAAAGUUGACAUGUCAGAUGUUGGUGAUGUGCCAAUGGCUUUAAGACGUGUAUUGGAAGUGACAUUGAGGGAACCACCAUCUGAUGAAACUUUAAAUAAACAUCUGCCAAAAAUCAGAGAGAUUAUAGUGACACUUUUAGACAAACUAAAGGUUAAACAAGCAAUUUUGAAGAAUAUGCAGCAAGAGCAUCGGAUAAGUGUAAAAUCACAUCAUCAACAAAACCCUUCCUUUACUAGUAACCUUUCAUUGGGUAGUGAAGGGACCCGUGAGGGGACUCCAUUAAGUAGCAGAAAAAGCAGUAUUGUACGUGAUCAGAGGCAAAGCGAUUCAGUCGAAAACAGCUAUGGGGAAAAAGUGAAUUCUACUUCUACGGGAACACCCUCUGCUCAGUCAGCAGAGGCAACAUUGACAAAACCAAGAACUAAUAUUAAACAAAACCUUAAAUCUAACAAUGCUCCAAACGCAUCUGAUGAUGAUGAUGCACUUUCACAAUUGAAGAAGGGAACUAAUUUACAAAGGAGAGCCUCAAAGAGAUACUCUGCCUACCAUAUGGCUAAAUUGACAAAUCAGUCUACAACAGAAGCUGCUGCGGCUGCCGGCCUCAUGACAACUCCUUCACCCUCGAUGUUGCAUCUAGAGGAAACCGUAAGAAAGUCAAAGUUAUACGGAAAUAACAACAAUGAUGAUGAUAGAAACAUUAAUUCAGCUGAAAAUAAGGGUAAAAGCAUUGACGAUGUAUCAAAGGCGAGUCCAUUGGCGAAAACGCCAUUGCCUAUUGAGAAUGUUCGUGCAUCUCCACGAAGAUUAUCAAGCGUUGUUACAACUUCGCCAGAUAAAGCCAUGAAUGGAACUUGUCCAGUAUUUUUAAGGAUAGGAGACAAAACAAAGAAGUGUCAUGUGCAACUGCCUACUACAAAAAACGCAUUAAGGCUCCUAUUUAUUGAGCGCUUUGCGUAUUCUCCUGGAGCAAAUUCCUUCCCAGACAUAUAUAUUAUGGAUCCUCAAUAUGGAGUAUUCUAUGAAUUAGAGGAACUAAAUCUUCUCGAUAUUAAAGAAGGGUUUGUUAUCGAGCUAAAGCUCGAAGAGAAUCCAAAUAAUACGAUCAAGGAAUUCAUUGACACAGUUAAGAUGGAGAUAUCGAAUAGUCAGAAUGAUAUAAUAAGACAUUUAAAAGAAAUGAGUUUUGGUUCUGCAAUUAGCGGCAAGCAAACGGAAGUUUUACCACAACCUGGCCUUGAAGCUAACAAACACGAUCUUGUGGGGCAAAACAAAAAAGAUGAUGAUAAAACGAUCAAAGAUAUUCAGUACGAAUUGGGGAAAAUAAAACAAGUGCAUAAUAUUAAUAGGUCAAAUAUUAAUGAGACUAUUUUCAACAUUUUACGAAAGGUCGAUAACUUUAAGUCUUUAUCAUUUUCUGCCAAAAACUCUUCCAACAGAAUGUACAUGGAAAAAUCACAGACCGAACUCGGUGAUUUAUCCGAUACUCUGCUAAGUAAAGUAGAUGAUUUGCAAGAUGUAAUCGAAAUUAUGAGGAAAGACGUUGCUGAGCGUAGGUCUCAGCCCGCUAAAAAGAAGCUAGAAACCGUAUCCAAGGAUUUAGAAAAUGCCCAAGCAGAUGUACUUAAACUACAGGAGUUUAUUGAUACUGAAAAACCACAUUGGAAAAAAACUUGGGAAGCUGAGCUCGAUAAGGUCUGUGAAGAACAACAGUUUCUCACGUUGCAGGAAGAGUUGAUUUUAGAUUUGAAGGAAGACUUGGGUAAGGCAUUAGAAACUUUCGAUCUUAUUAAGUUAUGUUGUGAAGAACAAGAAAAAAACCCUUCGAGAUCAAAAAGUAAUCCUAUUUUGCCUAUUAUGAGACCGGGCACAUUUAAUCAGGUAAGGGAGCAAGUUAUGGUGGCCGUCCAAUCUUUAAACCCUGACCACGAUAGUAGGGUCGAAGCUAUUGACAAGGCUGAGAAGAUGUGGGAGAUGGAAAGAAAACUUAAAGCUAGUAAUGAAUUUGAUGAUGAACUGGAAAAUUUUGUGGGUAAUUCAAACCUGAAAAAAUCGGGAGGCUUUGAAGAAGUAGAAAGGAUAAGAAAGCAGAAGGAUGAAGCAAAUUUGAGAGCAUAUUUUGGGCCGGGGUUUACUUAA